AUGGACAGUAUCACCCAGUUGCUGUUGUUGGGCGUAGCUUUUCACCUCUUGUGCAUCUUCAGUAUCUUUGAUAUCUACUUCCAGUCACAUGUCGAGUCCUUUAUUCCCAAUGCCAACUACACCUCGUCUCCUCCGGCCAAACGCGUCAUUAUCUUUACUCUAGAUGGUUGUCGUGUCGACAAGCUCUUUAAAGUUGUCGCCGGCUUUACAGACCACUACGACCUCAACCCAGAGAGCACUGAAAACGUUACGUUCAGUUCUGACAAUCGCUCUUCUUUCCUGGGCGAUGUCAUGCGUCAUCGUGGUAGUUGGGGCGUCUCACACAAUCACGCGCCGACUGAAAGUCGACCGUGUCAUGUGGCCUUGACCGCUGGGAUGUAUGAGGAUCCUCAUGCAGUUUACAAGAGCUGGAAGCAACACCCGGUACCAUUUGACUCGGUGUUCAAUCAGAGCAGUAGUUCCUUUAUCUAUGGCAAUAAAGACGUUGCUCCAAUGCUGGCAAGACAUGCACCACCAGCAACGGAGGAGCAUUACACGGCACAAGAAGAGGUGGAGAUGGUACGAAAAGAUACGACACUGUUGGAUGUGUGGAUUUUUCGCAAGGUAGAAGAGUUGUUUACUCGAGGAAUGGAGACAAGGGACCGGAAGUUGUACAACCAGUUACAUCAAGAAAAGCUUGUGAUCUAUUGCCAUUUUCUUGGCACUGAUACGACGGGACCAAAAUAUGGGGCUGACUCGAGAGAGUACUUGGAGAAUAUUGCAGUUGUUGAUAGAUUGAUUGAGAAGACGGAGAAGACGAUUGAGAAGUAUUAUGGAAAUGAUGGACGUACUGCGUAUGUGGUUAGCACAGAUCAUGGAAUGGACCUUCAUGGUGAUCAUGGAGAUGAUGCUCCAGCUAAAACGCGGACCGCAAUGAUUGUGUGGGGUGCUGGAGUUCAUGGCCCUGAGAUGACGACGAUGAUCAAUACAAGCGCGACAAAAUUCGUUAUUGAAUUGCCGACACAAUCUAGAGCGGAGGUGCUGGCACGUCUGGAAUCCCAGGUGCCAGAGGAACAAGCUGCUAUACGUGAAUGGGGGACACUACUGGACUACAAACGCAAGGACGUUAUGCAGACGGAUGUAGCACCGCUUAUAAGUGCAUUGGCUGGACUUCCAUUUUCCCGCAACUCGGUAGGUGUGCUGCCGUUUACAUACUUGAACAAGGACAAGUAUCGCGCAAAAGCCAUGCGUGCAAAUGCACAACAAUUGUAUAAUCACGUCUUACGCAAAGAAGAGGUAAAACGCGCUCAUCGAGGGCUGUUGUUCAUUCCAUAUUCAUCUCUUCACCAACGUGUAUCAUCUCUAGAGGCCCAUCUUGACGAGGCCAUUGGCAGCAUAAGCGAUGGUAAGCAUUACUCAAUUCAUGACGAUGCGCAUCGUGUCGUAGAGAUACUGAGCCAAGAGAUGAUUGAGCUUUGCCGGAGCGCGAUUGUGUACUACCAUACGUACGACUGUUUUUUUCUGCUCGGAUCUAUCGUGCUUGGUUACGUCGGCUGGGCUUUAGUCAUGUUUUUUGGCUACCUCCACCCUGAUACAUUUCGUGUACGCUGGUUGUUCACUCAUACGAUUAGUGUCAAGUUUAUUGCGACGGUGGUGGCUGUGAUGUGGUGGAGGUAUCUUGCUGACUCGCCACUUACUUACUAUCUGUACGGCAUGUGUCCUCUUGUCUUUUGGAAGUUCAUUUGGAGUCAUCGCGAUCAUUUUCGAGCAGUGCUUCCUGUUGGACACGAUUCUUGGUGCCAGUGGAGUAUUCAGAUUGCGUUCCUUUUCGUUUUUCUAGAGCUUGUUGCACUCGGCUAUCAACGUCGUGUCAUUUUCAGUUUGCUAUUCAUUCUGCUAGCACUGCAGCCGGACAUUGCAAACUAUAACCUGUUCAAAUUGAGCGGUGACAUCCAGCUGAAAGAACGUUGGCUUGGGAAAAAGUUAGUCUCACCAAGCACUUCUUGGUCAGCAAGCUGUCUUCUAAUUGCGAUUUUCCCGUGCUUGUCAAGCGAACUCAACGAGAGUACGCCACUAGUUCAUAUUGGUGCGUUACUUGUAGUGGCGUUUGCUUGUAUAUCGAUUCGUAGCGUAUCAACAGUUUAUGCCCAUAUAUCUCAGCGGAAAGCAAAGCUAGUAUGUGGGGGCUUGCCUGUAUUGCUGGCACUUCUAACGCUGCAGUGGACCACAAGUUUCUUUGAUCGCAACGAAGUCCCACCGAGUUUCCUCGUGGUGGCAAACUGGGUGCUUGCUGUGACGCCACUGGUCUGGAUGAUAAUUGAAACUCAAUGCAAGAGCAAAACGGCGGGGCUGCGCUUGGUUAAACAUGAGGAUGAAAAUGAUUUGGAAUGUCAACAAAAAACCAGUGGAGAAGUAAUUCGCGUGGUGGUUGAGCGACUUACUAGAGUGAUGUUGGCUUUAACCCCAGCACUCGCGUUGCUUAGCACAUCGUACGAAGUGCUAUUUUAUCUGGCACUUUGCAGUGCGCUCGUUAGCUGGUUGAUGAUGGAAGCAGAUGCGGCUGCUACCGAAGGGGUCUAUGUAACUCGUGAGGUACAGCGAGCAUUGAUGCUUUUACUCUUUGCUCAAGUCUCAUUCUUCGGCACCACUAGCGUGGCCAGCAUGACAAAUUUCCAGAUUCCAGCAAUUCGACGCUUUCUACCAAACCAUGCUCCCUUUAUUGCGUAUGCACUUGUGGUACUAAAGCUCUUGAUCCCUUUCGUUGUUGUCGGGUGUGCUUUUCGUCUUAUUAUACUGCUACCUUCGAGGGCAGUAUCAACGCGAGAGAAGGAGCUGCAAGGAAAGUCUACUGGAGUUGUACGAUAUAUUCUCGUGGCAGUGUCUUUUGCGGACGUUCUGGCUGUGCAGCUCCUGUUUGGUGUGAUAAAUGAAGGAAGUUGGAAGCAGAUGGGGAAUUCCAUCGCCGAGUUUUGUAUCAUCAAUGCUCAGAUCAUCCUUUUACCGACGAUACUUUUUCUCGCUUGGAUUUAUGUUCAGGAUCUAGAGUGUAUUGGCAAGGGGUGCGACUCAGUAGAAAACGAUGAAGAUGAGAAAUCCAACUAG